UCUUUAUCUGCAGAUUCACCAGUUACAACUGACAACUCCGGAAACUACAGCGACACAGCCACGCCAUCGACCACGACGCCCGUUUCGUCACUCGCUUCCGCACUCACAGUCGUUGUCGUCACGUCUCCGGUGAAGAGCAAUCCGAAUACUGAAAUGAUCGAUCAAGUGCUCUACAGUUUUCAUCGACUGUGUCCCGAAUUUCUAGGCGAGGGAGGGAAGAUCGUCGUCGCAUGUGACGGGUACAAAUGUGUCACGGAUCAAGAAGAGGGAGGAACUGGAAAGGAGCAUGACGAGACGAAGCGGUGCUACGGUACGAUCUCAGAGGGGCAAGCGAGCAGGUACGAUGAAUUUGUCGAGACGUGGAGAAGGCGCGCAGAGAAUGUCGAAUCUGCUAGGGCUAGUGCGGCGAGCGGUGCGAUAGAAAGACUCGCGAGCAGGCCAUCGUCACGACCUGACAGUCCAGAUCGUCAAAGCGCGUCGCCGAAGACCGAUGAAGCAGCCCUCUGCUCAAGACCUGUUUCAGCGUGGGGCAGUCAAAUUGAGAACUUGUCCGUCAUCGGCGGUCAGCGUGGAGCGCAUUUGGGCUUCGCCCAUACACUGAAGGCGGCACUCGAUGAGUGCGUGACGACGCCGUUGGUCAUGGUUUUGCCUCAUGAUGUAAAAUUCAGCGACGACUUCGACGGAAGUAAAAUUCGGAGAGCGGCAGCGGAAAUUCUUCUAGAAGAGCAGAGGAGAGGUUGGAUUUCCCGAGAGGAGGGAAAGUCAUCAGAUCAUCAUGAACUUCUCGAUCUCGAUUCUGCGUCUGCAACCGCUCGUCCGCUCUACAUCGGUUUUCUGAGUGGGCGGACUAUGAAUCUACAGCAGCGCUUUUGGGAAAAAGCGAAAGUGAAACUGGAAGUUGCGCAUCCACAGGCGGCGCCAGAAAAUCCUCCGACUCCAAGUGUUGACAAGUUACUUGGCGCGGACACGGAUACCAGCUUCCCUCUUCUCCCGCUUCCCCUGUGGAAAGAAAACCCACACAUCGCGAGUGUCCGACAGUAUCGUGAGCUUGUCUUCAGCGGGAAAAUCCGGCGGAUCAGGAAAGGUCAGUUCAUCGAAGAAACGGUUGGACAAGGAAUGAUCGAAAGCAUGUCAUCCUCAUCCAGGAGAACAUCGUCUGACGGGGAAAAGCGAGGGAAGCGAGCGACGCCGAAAAGUGCUGCGAUGCCGACGACGAGUUCGACUUCUAAAACCGCUGCCGCUGCUACUGCUUCUCCUAGAACGAACUCCUCUAAAACUGCUGCCCCUGCUGCUGUUACGAUUUCUCCUACAGCGAAGUCCUCACAUCAUCAAGACGACACUCCUCACCCUCGUCAGCAUUCGCAAUCUAUUCCCAUUGACCCUCUAGCCUUACACCGCGAAGAGUAUGGAACGUACUUGCUGUAUGACGGUUGCUCAGCGACUGCCCACCUCGAUGGACGAUGCUAUCUACCUGUAGAAGAAUUAAGGGUAGGUUAAAGGUGCUUUUCUUACCGCUUUUUAUGCCUCUCUCCCUUAGGAUGGGAAAGGCAUAAAAAGCGGGGGAACCCGCGAGCACCAAAAGCCUACCUCUAAAAGAACGCUUGAAGAUGGGAUGGAAGGUUGCCCGUGAUGCGCAAUUGGUUUCGGAGAUGGAGGCUGCUGGGUGGUGCGAGUGAUGUCAUUCUGAAAGGCGUUGGGAAUCGACUUUUGUACAGCUGCUUCUAACGUCGAAGUAAGGGUGAAGACUCGCGGACAGUUCCAUGCGUAUCAUGCAUCAAAUGCACCUCUUUACCCAUUCCUUGAAAACAAAUGCCUCUCAAAUAUCACGAAACGUCGCUGAUUGCAUAUGCAAAGAUGAGAAUUAUGCUGACUCUCCAUAUUGGAGCUCCAGAUGAUCAUUUCAACCCACUCUACU